AUGGGAGAACAAAACAACCUAUGUUAUGACGUGGAGAAACUGGUAAAUUCUCUGCAGGAGGCUUUCGAUCUGGAUUGCGCUCAAGGUGUAUCACUUUUUACUAGUAAAUCAAGAAGUAAUGAGGCAUGGUUGGAAGAAUUAGAAAGGAGAUUCAAAUUAAAGGAUGAUGUUGAGCUCGAUGAGGUGGAAAAUUUAAAAACUGAGAUUAAUAUAAAAUUGGGUAUUCUGGAAGACAAGGUAAGCUAUUUUGAAAGGCUCUGCAAAGAAUUCGAGGAGUUCCAGAAUGAAAUGAAGAUUAAAACUGUUGUAAAUAACAGAAGACAAUCGCAAAUUCCAAAAUAA